AUGUUUCUGCAGUGUCUGCAGUGUAACUCGCGCCGGAGAGUCGUGCAGACGAGAUUUGUCAUAUGGAAAUAUGUCGAACUUUCAGAUUUUCGCUCGGCUCGCGUACCACGGCUAAACGUAACACGCGCGUCCGACAGCCGCGACGACGGACGUAACGACGGCCACACACUCGCUAAGGACAGCCGCCCGUACGAGGACCAGCAACUCGCACCGGAGAGUCGUCCAGACGAGAUUUGUCAGACGGAAACAUGUCGAACUUUCAGAUUUUUCGGCUCGCGUACCAUUAACACACGCGUCCGACAUCCCGACGACGGACAUUUUCGCUCGGCUCGCGUACCACGGCUAAACGUAACACGCGCGUCCGACAGCCGCGACGACGGACGUAACGACGGCCACACACUCGCUAAGGACGAGGACCAGCAACUCGCACCGGAGAUGUUUGCAGACGGAAACAUGUCGCAGAUUUCGCCGGCUCGCGUACCAGCUAAACACACGCGUCCGACACCGCGACGACGGACAUUUUCGCUCGGCUCGCGUAUAAACGUAACACACGCGUCCGACAGCCGCGACGACGGACGUAACGACGGCCACACACUCGCUAAGGACAGCCGCCCGUACGAGGACCAGCAACUCGCACCGGAGAGUCGUCAGAAAAGAUUUUCAGACGGAAACAUGUCGAACUUUCAAUUUUCGCUCGGCUCGCGUACCAUAACACACGCGUCCGACAGCCGCGACGACGGACGUAACGAAAACUCGCUAUCGACAGCCGCCCGUACGAGGACCAGCAACUCGCACCGGAGAGUCGUCCAGACGAGAUUGUCAGACGGAAACAUGUCGAACUUUCAGAUUUUCGCUCGGCUCGCGUACCACGGCUAA